AUGGCGAUAGUCUGUGAAAAUUGUGGAGAACGUGUCACGGCGACAGACGACGACGAGGAAAUAACCUGUAAUGUAUGCGGGGUCGUACAACUCGGAUACUCACAAACAGUUGUGGAAGGAUAUAAAUCAUGCUAUACACAACCCACACGUUUAAGACGGGUUAAACCCAGUACUCAGACGAGCGAUGCCUCCGAAAAGGAUGACGAUACUGAAACACGUGAUUUCAGAAUCAUCAUGGGUAUACAGAUGGUUUUAGAAAACCUGUGUAAAACUUUAGUCAAUGCAUAUGGGUUCUCCAGCCAGGUUGAACUUGAAGCUAAGAAGUUAUGGACAAGGUACCUCACACUAGUUCUCGAAAAUGAUGUACCGGUAACAAAUAUGUUCUCGGAUCCACUUACUAAAGGACAAAAGUAUUAUGUAGAUGCAAAUUACAUAAAAAGGACAUUCCAAAUACCAAAAAAUUUAAACAUGUACAAUAUCCCAAAGAGGAUGAUCAAUGUCAUAAACGAUAUGGGACUCACCAGCUUCGAAUAUACAACCAUGCUAGGGUUGACCAUAUUGAAACAACGCAGAGAAGCUAAAACCAACCAUCACGCAUAUACGGAAUGGGAAUUGGAUGUCGAGCAGUCUUCAAAGAAGAAAAGGAAACCGCCACCAACAUAUGAUUACAGGGAAGUCAAGGCUUAUCUGGAGGACCACGAUAUGUCAUCAAAUAUAGAACAAUUCUUUGAUACCAAGGUGGAACUCCCACAGUCACGAAAUUGCACACCUGUCGGAUUCCCAACAUAUAUACUCAAAAGCUUAAUCUCACACAGAAAACUACCAGCAUACUCCUCCGUAACAUCGCAAUUCUGGUCAAAAGAUGUACCACUACACAUAGAUCAACAUAACCCAUAUGGAAUCGCACAAAUGGUAAGAUACACAUUAAAUAAAUCAAUAUCAACACAGAUGCAAUUACUAUAUCGACAUGAUUUUAUAUGGAGGUUAAUAUAUACUCACCAAAAUACGGACCCUUUAAACGGAUUUGAAACAUUUACGGGUGAAUCAGGAAAAACGGAUAUCAUAGAAAUAAUCAAUGAGAUUAGAAUUAAACCCCUCGAGACAAAGGUACUUAUUAGUCUCGCUCGAAAACUGGGACUCUCUCAAAAUGUUAAAAAAACAAAAGACUCUGUUAAAAGAGAAUCGUUUAUGAGAGCUGACAUAAUCAACGUCAUAUUCAAUCGUAUCACAGAGUAUUAUUUUGGAAAAAAUGUAGAAUCCGAUACUAACACAUUCAAUCUAUCAUGGCUAGCUCCAAAAAUGGAUCUCAACCUUGUAUGUGGUUUGAUUUUUGCGACACUACUCAGGUGCAGAUACCCAGUAGUAAGUGGCGACAUUGUACGAUGGGUGAUGCAGGGAAGGAUACCCCUGAGGAGCAGUGCAUGCCUACUGCCGGAUUCUAUCAUUAGGCAAGCUUAUAGGGAAGACAGGAUGUCUAAAUUUAUGAGGUAUGCCCCUAACCACCAGGUAGAAAUGACCAAUAACCUAUUCAUUAAUGCGAAAGUUCCACAUAACGCAACCAAUCUGGAGAUGCUCACAGCAAGGCUGCUAAUAUGUGGAAUAUAUGGAAACGAUGGUGAAGGCGAAAGCAAUAGACCAAAGUAUAAUGUACACGGGCUAUCGAGACGUAUAGUUCACCACCUAAGGCUACCAAGCAAUGUGUUACCCGUAAUUGAUAUGAUAAUGAAACGUGUUGCAACGCUACAAACUUUGCUAAAAAACGAGGACAAGGACCUAUUAUCAGAGAUACAAAUGAUACCCCUAGAACGCAUGAACGCUAUAUAUGGCAAAGGCAUAGGAGCAUAUCCAGCACAUACAUUUACAGCAGCCUGCGUACUAGCUGCCUGCAGAAUGCUAUGGCCCGUUUUUCACUAUAAUCCACCAGCUUACCCGAGACGUGAACCUAAAGAUGAAACUACCGGAAAGUCAAAAUCUACAAUGCCAAAAAACUAUGAUUUACACGAAUCCUUCAUUAUAAGACGGGAAAGGUUCCCACAAACUAUCGAGUUUAACGCAGGUCGCAUGAAAUGGAUUGUGCGUCUUGAUCAGCCUGCCGAUGUUGCAAAUUCCGAUAUCUCAAAAUGGAACGAAGUCGUGAUAAACGAGGAAACUCUGAGUAUGGAGGAACGCACAUUUCUGAUGGAAAUAGCGAAAAGCUUCAAAAAAAAACAAAGUGAACUUGAAAAUGAAGAAAAAAAAGAGACUACAUUAACACAAAUUGAUCCGACACUACAUACAACAAUGAAACCACCAAUGACGGAGAAUGUAAACGACAAGGCGCCUUCAUAUCUGGAACAACCUGAUGGCUCAAUGCAACGGUUCAGAACAUUGGAGUUCUAUUAUGAUGCAAAAAGUCGGGGAUACCGCAAGGCAGCACUCGCAGCAUUGUUAUGGCUGUUUCACCACUCUACAGACGCAGCAGUGAGGGCGAUUGCUAAGUAUUACGUCGAUUCGGAUAUGAGAGAAUUGAGGCGCAUAGCCGCGAACCAUGCGUUGUACGUACAGGCCAGGAUAUUCACAAGUAGUAUUGUCAGACUAUACACUGGACCAGCGUGUCCAACGGGCAACGAUUCCGCGCUCGUAGCUAAAUUGCAGGAUGAACUCUUUCGAGACCUGUGGAUCAAUAUCGCAGGGUUAUGGGCUGGCUCGAUUGUACGGGCCAUUGGGGCUCACGAGGAGGACUAUAAAGAGCAGGAUGAACGUCAUCAGCAUCCCGUUGCGGCAACAUCAACGAUAAAUCUAGAAGGAAUAUGCAAUGUCCUGCUCCCUAAAUUGGACCAAUUCAAUGAUAUUGGCGUAAUCACCGGGUCGUUACCGGAUAACCGUGAGAUAUAUUAUACAAUCACGGAACUUUUCAAAAACUACCCACAGUAUACAGGAUGGUCACCUGAAAAGUAUUUCGAACUAGAGUAUUACAAAAGUCUAGUAGAAAAUCAAAGGAAACAGUUGAUCAAUUCGGCAAAAGAAAUGCUAGCAACUAAAAUUGUGCAGGAACAAAACGAUACAUGGGAACAUAUAGCAAGGGCAUUCGAAAAGUCGUUACAUAUAGAAAGUCAAGAUGGACAACGAAAUGAAGAAAAUUCAUCUCAAAGUUAUACUGUAGCUGACGCUUAUGACCAUGUAAUGCAACACAUGCAAAAUAGGUUCCAAAAUAUGGAUAAUAUCACGUCAACAGGACGGCAAACUGAAGUAUUCCCAUGGCGAGACUACAAGGAACUUGGUGGUAAGUAA